ACAUGCUUUACUCGUGCUACAUUCCUUCGGCGCUUCGUUUCCCGGCGUCCUCGUAGCAUUUCUGACGCCCAGAGCAUCGAAAGCCGAUUUUUUCAUCUGCGCCAUGUUUUAUGUUUGUUCGUUUUGUUGUUCAGCCGGUUCGACGAAAGGGCACAUUAUUGUGACGUAACCAGUUUCUGCGCUUCCCCAGAGCUCCGGCAGACGUACACAGACGGAGUUACCUUCGCGCCAUUCGGACUUCAGCGAACAAGUGGGCCCCAACAUGGCUACCUGCAAGCGCAGGCUGUCGUGUCCGCAGACAGUGCAGCAUCUGUGGGACGCCAUCGACUCAAUACGACAGCAGAAGCAGGUGAGCAACCUGGACCGUGUGGCCAACUACAUGCGGCGCAAGCACCAGUUAAGUGAAGCUGACACAGAACGCCAGCUUGGGUUUGCCGUACGAGAUGGCCUGCUGGCUUCCAAGAAGAAGAUGGGCUCCAAGGGUUCUAAAGUGGGUGUUGAGCAGGAGGCCUUCCAGCUCCCUCAUGAACCAGCGGAGAGGGACGACCACGACUGGUACUGCUUUGAGUGUCACAGGGGUGGUGAUGUGCUUCUGUGUACCACGUGCCACCGAGUGUACCACAUAGUGUGCGUCAAGGAAGACCUCUCCAACGAAGACAAGUUUGUCUGCACAGUCUGCUGUCAAUUGAAAGAAAGGGAUCCACUGAAGCUGAAAGUGGAUGACAUGAAUAUCCUUCUCAGCUACACAUGUCUUCGGCUCAAAGACAAGAUUGCCCCUCAAAGCCCUCAUCUGCCACGGCAGGCCCAGACGAAAGACCUACAUCGGCUGCUGUUGGCUGAAGGGGAUGCUUGGAAGCAGGGCUAUCUUAUCUACCAGAAAAUGGACCUCAUCACUAUGGAAGAGAAAACGCGAAACAGCGAAUAUACGAGCCUGGAGGAGUUCCAUGCUGAUGCCCAGACCAUUGUGCACAACGUUGUCAUCUAUUACGGCAUACACAGUUGCAUGGCCGACAUGGCCCGACAGAUGUUGCGUGACUGCAGCUACGACUUGAAUGAAAUGCGGCAGUGCAGCGCCUGUUACCGCAUGUCCAACGAGAAGCGUGACAAGUACUGGUUUUGUCAGCCAUGCGACCCGCCACACGAUCUGGUAUUUGCCAAGCAGAAAGGUUUUCCCUACUGGCCAGCCAAGGUCAUUCGUGUCGACGACCAGUGCUACGACGUUCGCUUUUUUGGCGGCUACCAUCAGAGGGCCCUUGUGGACAAGGCGAACAUCAAGCCAAUCACGACAAGCCUGAAGGUGAUCGCAGCCAAGCGCACAACUGCCCUCAACAAAGCAUUGGACGAGCUGCGCAGGCAUCAGCAGCUCCUCGAGCAGCAGCGGAGAGGCAGCAGUGGCCAUGCGGGCGAGGGCACAACGUCAACUAGUGUACCACGAAAGAGGGGCCGACCUCCGCGUGUUGUGCAGCCUUCUCCACCUGCACCCACUCGCUCUAUUUCCGGCGAUGAAGAGGAAGAGAAAGAUGAGGAUGAUGAUGAGGAGGAGGAAGAAGACAAGUCUGGUUCUGAGGAACAGGAGGAAUCUUCUGAGGAGGAAGCGCCGUCUUCAUCCUCACCCAUGAAGAGGCUUCGACUGAAGGAUGAAUCGUCUUCAGAGGACCACAAUGUAGUAUCAUCCUCCUGCCAAGAAUCGCCCAGUAGUAGGGUUUCCACAUCAACACAAACACACCGAAAGAUGCUUGCUGGAGUGAAUAAGACGCCAACCUUGGAAGAGGCUCCAGCUAAGUGCGACUGUGAUACCAAGUAUCGGCAAGCCUUCAGGGAGCUUCGGGAAAAGCUGGAGACCAAGUACAGAGAGGAGAAGGAACACCUUGUGCAGCAGAUCCGGGAAGAGGUCCAGAAGCAGUGUGAAGCAGAGAAGCUGAAGGAAGUGAGCGGAGUGCUGGAACGCAUGCGGACAGAACUGGAGCAGCACAAAACUCGGGACAAAGAGGCCCGCGAACAGGAGAUUGUGAAGCUGCAGGAACGGCACCGGCAGGAAAUCUCGGAAACCAAGAAGAAGCAGUGGUGCUACAACUGUGAAGCAGAAGCAAUCUACCACUGCUGUUGGAACACAUUGUACUGCAGCGUAGAAUGCCAACAAGUUCAUUGGCACAAAGAACACAAGCGCUCCUGCCGACGCAAGCAGUGAUUGUACAGCAGUCAUCAUCGUCCCUUCUUCGCCAUUUGUGAAUCUUGCACUGGGACCGCUUCACACCACACCACCAUCAUGCAGACACCAUUUUCCUGUACUUUCCUAAAAAAAAAAAAAAAAAAAAUAUGGUGUUCUUAAAGCAAGUUUUUAGAAAAGUUGACGGUGAAAGUUGUAAAGAAUGGGUAACUCGCAAUUUGUUUUUUAGUGGUGCAAUACUAAAUUUGACGGCAGUGCAAGCAUGACUUAUUGUCACAUCUUGUUGCGGGUUUUGAUGUAAAAGUCUGGACAGGUUGAGAUUUUGCUGCAAGACUUUGCAGUAGUUGAAGAGGUUCAUAUACCAACCGAGCCUAUGUCGCUGGGUGCAUGUGCUCUCGGUUGAUGUACAUGAAGUGUGGUGUUGAACGUAGAAUGCAGGCAAGUGUUGAAGGUUCUCGUUCUCGUAAUGCAAUGGAGAAGGCAAUGUUCGACUAGCGCCGCACCGCUCCUUGACAGGUGAAGACUUUGAAAGCUUGUUACUAUGACAACGUUCAUGAAGACCAGACAUAGCUUUAGGGCAUAGAUCCCUCUCCACCUUGUCCAGCCAUUUCUAGAGACCCCGAGUGUAUAUCUCGCUAACCUGUACAUAGAUACGGGUUCAACGAGUUUUGAUGAUGACACGCACACACACCAACAUACAACAGUUUAACGCUGUUUGCUACUUUUCCUGUUUUCCUCCCUCUUAUGUGAAGCCUAGAUACUCGCUUCUUCUUCUUCAUUGAUGUUUUCCUGCCACUUUUGCUAUCCUUAUAUAUGUAUAGCAAGGAAAGUGUGUGAAGAGGCAGGUAGUGGGUUAUGCUAGACUUGAGUUGGUGUGAGCAGUUUGCUGCACUUUUAGUACAGUAGUACCAUGCAUAACUUGAGAUCGGAUGCUGAAGUUUUCCCUAAUUGCAGAAAAAUAUUUUUUCACCUUGUGAAUUGGUGCGUGUGCUAUGCUGUUUGGAUGUAUAUAGAUCAACCAUAAACGUGAUCCAAAGGAAGGCUGUUUCUGAGGUAUCAAGGAAAACGUAAGAUGUUGGAAUGUAAAGCAUACGCCAGGGGGCUAAGCAAACCCUGACUGAGAGCUCGCAAGAAGCUGAUGACAUGCACAAAUACUUUUGCAAUUUUUUUUUUGUUCAUUCUUGGUGCCAAGCUGCUGCCUGCUUCCCGAAAAUAACGUACAUGGUCUUGCAGAUACUGAAAUCUGGGCCUUGACAUUUGUGCUGUUGCAUUUGUGACCUCCUUCUGUGGCAUUGGGAUGGUUCCGCAUCGUAGCACAUGUCCAGCACAAUUUCCCACACCCUCGCCCCUGUGCACAUAGACGCAUGCAAACUAUUGUACGUUACUUCUUCAAAAGGGCCCUUAUGCAAUGUUCUUUAAGUUGGCUUCCCCAUAGUCCUGGAGGUCAUGGCAAAAAUGACCAGAGAAACAAGCUGGCACAUUCAAAAGUGGAAGUUGUGAGCUGGGUUGUCUGGUCUGGUGUAAUUGGGGUUGGUCAAAGGAUGUUGGCAGACUAGUUGGUUCGGAGUCAUGAUUAUGAUUUACAGUGCAAUUGGAUGGGGACAGAUAACGAAAAUGAAAGAAAAUCCUGCAGCUUUGCAUAGUGCUGCCAAAAGGCAUUCGGUGAGGGUUAGUCGUAUAUAUUGUACCAACCAGUUGAGCGGCAUUAUCUAAGGCCCCUGCGGAUAAAUUGAGAAAGGCAGCACUAAUGUCUGUGUGCUCCGUUUUAUUUUCAGUGCUAAGCAAUCUGAUGACAAGCUGUUUUUCUCCCAGAAGGUCAUAGUAUGGUAUACCUAUGCUUCCCCAAAAACCCUUUUUGUCUCGGGUCUGUGCAAGCUCUGGCAUUGUUGCUGCAGUAUUUUAAGUAUGUAAGGACGCAUGCUUUUAAAAAAAAUUGAGCUAAAGUUGACCUCAUUUUCUUUCUCCCUCCACCUCUCUUCCCAACUUCGUGUUUAAGCAUUCUGCUUUAAAAAAAAACGCAAGGCGUGGUCCACCAAACAUAGCAGGGUGUGCACAUCUGAGCUGUAGAGUGCUUGCAGAUGACUUGCUUUGUAUUUGCGUACACACAGCACAUUCCUAAUGUUAUUUUUUUUUCUACAUACUCGACAAGUUGCGACAACUGAUUGCACACUUCAUUGGGUAGUUUACGAGCUCUGUAUGCCUGCACACCUGAAAAGCAAUGCAUGUUGUAUUGCCAUCAGCCUUCCGACAGCCUGUUGCAACAAAUUUUGUGCUCAGAAAAGGCACUUUAGUCCAGUGCUGUAAAUAACAGUGUGACCCCUGAAUGUUUCUAUGUACGCGUGCUUUUUUUUUUUUUAGUGACUAGAUUUUUUUUUGUUGUGGUAUUUUUACUUGGCAUAUGUACAGUUCACUUUUUAGCACUGCAGCAAUCCUGGCAAAAUACCAGUGACUACAAAAGUAUGCUGCUGCACUCUUGAAUUUGUGCAACAUUGUAGAAACCAGCCUGCCUUCUCUAACCUUCUGUUGUUGUUGUUUCUCAGUGGCUUCGGGGCAAAGUGCUUUUAACUGCGCUGUAGCAGAGGAUUUCGAAAUGUUGCGAAACCAUGUCAUUGUGAUGCAGAGCUCAUGCCAAGGAAGUUCGUUACAUGGCAGCAUACAGCUGAAGCAUCGUCAUCCUAGUCAUUUCAUGUUGCUCACUAAUGUUAUAGGAAAAUAUUGAAAUUUUUCUCUUAUUUCAUUUCUUCUCUUAUUUCUUGCUCAGUAAAACUAAUUUGAUGGCCUUUUCCCAUGCGAACUUACUUGUCAAGUGCAUCACUUUAAUGCAGUUUUGAACCACAGUGACCCAGAAACCUUUGCAAAGCUUCUUGGUGCUAAAAUUUUUCAUGGAGAUUGCAUCCUGUAACCCUCUUCAAGACAUGCAUUUGAUAUUGAAACCGCUGUUUUGUAACCUGGCUCUGAGCAAGACACUUGUCAGAACGUUGGCUCCAGCUAUAUCCCUUGUUCAACCAUGGUUGAUUACCUUGUCUUUAUCUUCUUGUGAACCUGUCUUGUUUGUAUUGUUACAUACUCGUCGUUUAUAGGGGGCGUGCGAAUGUUCAAACAUUUUGAAUAACAAAUUGAAUAGUGUCCUAUUUGAUGCGGUCUGCAAAUCGAAUACAGUUAGUAUUCAAAAAUGCGAAUAUUUUUUAAUACUCUUCAAAUAUUUCAAAACAUCAGCUGCACCCAAUUAAACAUAACAUUGAAGCAUGACUACGGUAAAUUUUCACCCCAGCAGGGCAUAGUACAGACAUAAAACAUCGGAACUUGCGUAAUGAAGCAGGUUACAUCGCUUACGUAGCCAUACUUUACAGGCUGUGCAACGAUCAUUCUCAUUCUCUGAAGUCCUGUGCAUGUGUACAAACUACUGUUUGCUUCUAAUGGUCUAUUUGUGCUUACAAUAAACAACGCUUCACAAUGUACUACGUAAUGACUCAAACUUGAUAACUUUGACUACUAGGAUGUGAACGUCGUUUCAUAUUGUGAUAACGGCUGUUCGUUAUUAGAAAACCAUUCAAUAUUCAGUUCGAUUUUCUUGUGGCAUUAUUCGAUUUCUAUUCAAUUCGGCCUCAAAAAUUGCAUGCACACGCCCCUAGUCAUUCAUUUUCGAGGAUACUAUACUCUGACCUUGUAAACACGCCGCAGUUCAGAAAACGAAGGCAAUGGGUGACGAUUUGAGCCAAUUGCGAAGGGCAACCAGCUCGGUGACUCGGGGAAAGAAGGAAGGCUGAGCCGUCCUGGGCUGCUGGUUCGUCUGCGACCAGUCCAUUAAGACAGUUUUGGGCACAAGGGGAUUAAUGGCAGACAAGACCAGCCCUUCUAGUUCUCUGUCCUAAUUGGUCGAUGGAACUGGUAGCAUUCUCGGCAUUGGUGCGCGUGAUGUUGGUGAGGUAUUGUAUAGGCUGCUUGGCCAGCAGAGUUCGCCCCCUUUUUGAAGACUCCAUUUGUGUCGGACAGCAUUUUUUUGCCCCUUUCUCGUUGGCACUGGACAAAGUUGGCAGGUACAGAUGUUGAACAUGUUGUUAUGCAAGACAGACUGUAAUGCACAAUGUCAGUGUGAACAAGGUUUCAUUCUCAACAAUGUGUUGGUCAGCGAAAGAGAUAUUUAAAGGUUACUAGCCAUUCACUAGCGAGUGCAGUUUGUGCCUAUUCAGGCCUUUUUUGAAACAGUUUUGCUGCACGGCAUGGCUAUCUAAGACUUUGUAUGAGCCUCUGUUUCUUCAAGCCCUUGAAAUGUCCAUUCCUAAUGCUGUUUACGAUUCGGCUUCUUUUGUUGCAUGCUAUAUUGUGGAUGGAUAGAGCUGGCAAGACUGAUUUUUUUUAUCCUUGACAAUUGUGCUAAAUUUUACUGACAACCAAGUGGGUGAAGUAACCAUUAAAGCGAGGAAUUAAUGAAUACUAUGCGGCUGCAGGCUUGUACACCAUUGGUUUCAACCAAAUGCAAACUGACACAUGUUUUUAUUUCUUAGCUAAUAAGGGGGUGAGAAUGAAAUUGAUUAUCGAUUUUCUAAGUGUGGACUCCUGAUAUAACAUAGUAUUUCAGUGGUUAGAAAUGCUUGUUCAAGAAGUGCAAUUUUUUUUAGUUUGUGUGGUUUAGGGAGCGUUGGUUUCAUCUCGGGCACGUGUGUGGAUGCAGGGAACUGCAAGGAUGCUGGCUAAAUAUUAAUAUGGUCAAGGUGUUUGUUGUCAAUGUCUGGUUUGUGGUCUGCACCUCUUCUUUUUGUGUGUUUCAGAUCAGUUUAACACUCAAGAAAAUUCACAUUUUAUUCUUAAUGUCUUGUUGGCAGGCACCCCUUAAUAGAAGCUAAUAUGGCUGUGGAAAUUGGCUCGGAAAAUUAUGAAAUCUAUAUCUGUUUGAUUGAUAAUGCAGUUGUGUCCAAACAGUGAAAGGAUGAAGGCAGACUGUACCACAGGAGAGCGAAUAAUGGUUAUCGGGAGUUCUUUGUAGAACAAACAUGGAUGCAGAUCUUUCCUGCAACUGUGUAUAGCCAGAGUGAAGAGGUGCAACACUAUACAAAGGAAACGGGACAGCCAUGUGUCUACUUUACGAUCUUGCAUUUGUUGCACCUCUUGGCCGAAGACCAUAGCAUACACCUUGACCAAAAGAUGUAUGCCGAGAUGGUUGCAAACCAAUGAGCUCGGACAACCUCCGUCAAUGCAAAUCAUUCUCUCUAGGAAACGCCAUCUUUUCCUCACAGUUACGCUAAAGUGUGCAUGUGAUUAUCAGCACUCCUAAUUGGCAUAAAGUAGGUUGCAGAUAAAUAAACUGCAGUGUGGUGUGUGCGUGUUUAUAUGCAGUGUCGCAGCAUCCUAACCAAAAAGCUUCCCACUUAUGCAAUAGAAAAUGCACGAAGGUAGCCUUAGCUUUGCAACAGAGCCUUUAUGUGUCUGCAUUGCUUAAGCUAUAAUUGACCUUGUGUGUUUGUUAUUGCAUGUCGCAAAAAGUUCGUUGCAUCUGUGCUUUCUGCUUCUGAAAAAGUGAUAGACAUUGUGCUUGUUUGUACUGCAGGAAUGUUGGGACACCGUGUGGGCUAGGACGGUGUUGGCUAUGAGUGCACACAGUGUAGUUAUCUGAACCUUCGUUGUGCCAGCUUGUGUACUUCUGAAACCAUGCUAUAGGCACACGUCUUGGAAUCGUGUGCUUGAGCAUGCGCAUUGGAUGCAUGCUACAGAUGAUUAUUUCUUUCAGUGUGAAGUAUUUGCACUUGCUUAUAGUGUGCUGGAAACUUUGGGUGAUCAAGUGUGUCCCCUUCGAACUGUUUGUUUCUGUCAGCCUGUUUGACUAUUGGCAUUGCUUGUUUCUGUAUUUGCUACUAUGCCAGCAUUCUAAAGAUGCUUCCAGCUACAUAGGUACUCUGUCAGGCCUUGUUGCAUCUGACUGUAAGCAAGAGACAAGUUGACAGAGAUGGCUAAACUAUAUGUUAGCAGUGUCACUUAUUUUCAGUCUAUAUAUGCUUCAUUGUGUGCCACUUCUUCAAUCCUGAAAAUCUUUGCUACUGAAAAAAAUUCUGUUUUCAUUUAUGUGAUGCUGGAGACACAUAGCUGUGCAUGAAAACUACUCUGUAGCCUCAUAUUUAGACCUGGGAGCUGAAAGGAAUUGAUUACAUGUCGCCAUCUAGGCAGGUGGACUAACGGCAGACAAGUUUUUUCUUAAUCCAGGAUUGCUUGGUGUUAUGCGAGGACCAUAUGCACAUAGCAUUUUUUGUAACUGAAUGCGUAGGUUGCAGGUUGAGUAAUAGUGCAUCGGAUGUCUUGACUGAAGUACUGCAUCAACUGAUGCAAUGGUGUGCGUUACAUCAAGCUUUCUGAUGACCUCUCAUGAGCAUAGAUGUUUGCUGUGUUACUUUGCAUUUUGCACAGCAGGUGUUUGAUAAACUGAGCAUGCAUGGUGGGAACAAUUAUAAUGGUAUCUAGUAAAGAGUGCAAUGUUGAUUAUGUACCCUGCACUGAAGGGUAGGCUGUAUGUAUGUGGAAUAGUUUGUGUAAGUUCGCAUUUUGAAUAAAGAAGCAGUAGUGGGGCAAUAUAAUGUAGGAUUCCUUUUACUCGAUUCUAUUUAUCAUCCACUGUUCAUGACCAGUUGAUCCUUGAUAAUGUGCACGGAACAGUGCUCCGACCACUUGACAAAGUGUAAAAAAGGUAUAGCGUUGGAAUGGAAUUGUUACAUUAUACCGGCCCCCGUUUUGAUCACUCUUCCUUUGCUAUAUGCAAUUGAAUAGGGACUGCAUCUUUGAAGCAACGAUGUUUAUCAGGUGCAUACAUAGGCAUUUAAAAAGCAGUGGACCAGUGGAUAGUACCUUUACUAUAGUGGUUACUUACCACUUCACAAUUUCUUUUCAUGCAGUCUUGAAUUUGCCUCUGGUAGCACUCUGCAUGCUAGUUUUGUUUCAAAUUUUUGUGCCGCUGAAUCUCCAAUUGCAUUGUUGUUUGGAGACUCAAGGUCAUGACCCAGCAGCUGUUAUCUUUCCCGGUAAUAAAACAUUAUCAGGUUGGAAGAGGUAGCACCACUGUGCUUUGGCUAAGGAACAACUUGGAAUCGCAGUUGACUGUAAUGGCUUCUAUUCCUGCUUUGAAAGCUGCCCAGGCAGCAAAUUUUAUUCUUGUCCAUGGUUUCAUGUCGAUAGUAAAGUCGUGGCUACGCGCUCUUAUCAGGUAAAUGGGAAAAGGAAGCGCAGCAUUUGAUGGAAUUCCGAGUUUGGUUGCAGUUUACAGAUUUGCCAUCGGAAAUGGCACUGAAACCACCACUUGAAAACUUCUCGCAUGUUGUCGAAGGUCUAUGUGCUUGGCACUGCUUGGAAAAUUUAGAUGUAUGAUUGGUGGUGUUUGGUGGUACAUGCCAUAGUCAUCAUGGGGAACUCGGUGUUACGUAUACGGCAAACUCAUUUUGUAUAAAUUAUGCACUGGUUUUGUUCUGUACCCUUGUUUGUUGUGUGUAGGGCAUGCUCGCUAGACGUUCAUAUUAUGCCAUUAUUUGGGCACAUAGCAUUAGUGCUUGUAAACAGUUAUGUAGUGUGUUGUCUAGUGAUGUAUGCUUUGUCGCGGAGAUGUUCUUAUAUACUGUGUGGACAGAUUGAGGAUGUUUGCUGAAUGAUGCUAUUAAACUGUCUUUUGUGGGA